AUGAGCUCCGCCGACGAAAAGAGCUUGCCCGGCGAUGCGGAUGUCAAACUCGCUCCCCUCGAGAUUGAUCCCGCUGUCGAGCGGCGCGUCGUCCGCAAGCUGGACAUGACAGUUCUGAUCGCUUUCGCGAUGGUUUUCGGCAUCAACUACCUCGACAAGAUCGGCCUGUCGUACGCUGCCAUCUUCGGUAUGAAGAAGGAUCUCGCGCUGGUCAAGCAGGACUAUAGCUGGACAGCAAGCAUCUUCUACUUCGGUCAAGCCGCCAGCGAAUUCGUCUGCCUCUACCUGCUUCACAAGCUGCCCAUUCGGUCCUUUGUCGCCGUUUCGAUCGUCGUCUGGGCAAUUGUCGUCGCUUGCCAGGCCGCCACGAAGAACUUUACCGACAUGAUGAUCGUCCGCUUCUUCCUGGGCUUCACCGAAGGCGCCGUGGCACCCGCAUUCGUCCUUAUGACCUCCUUCUUCUACCGAAAGAGGGAGCAGCCCAUCCGCAUCGCCGUCUUCGUCAGCUUCAACGCCCUCGCACAGAUCGUCGGCGCCCUCCUCCUCUACGGCUGCGGCUCGAUCAAGGGCGGAGCGCUCAAAGGCUGGCGUAUCUCCUUCCUCAUCUGCGCCGCCCUCACUAUCCUCAUCGGCAUAUACUUCUUCAUCUUUGUGCCCAAGUCGCCGGGCCAGGCGUGGUUUUUGACGCCGGAGGAACGGGAGGUUGCUGUCGCUCGUGUCGCUCAGGAGCGUGCGUCUCUCGCGCACUCGAACGUCGACCGACGCCAGAUUCGUCAAACACUUCUCGACGUCCGCUUCUACAUCGUCUUCCUGUGGGCUUUCUUCGUCUGUAUCACCAGCGUGGUUACCUUCGGGUCUAUCGUCGUAAAUGGGUUCGGCUUCACCCCAUUCAAGACGCUCCUCGUUGGACUUCCCGGUCCCGCCGUGCAGCUUGUGACGAUUUGGAUUGGAGCAGGCUCGCUCUACCUCUUCCCGAAUGCUCGAGGUUGGACGCAGAUGGCGCUCACCCUCGUCCCGCUCACCGGCGUCGCCAUGAUGCGCGGUCUGCCCUACCACAACAAGUGGGCGCUCACAGGAGCGUUUUGGCUCGCCACGGCUAAUAGCAGCGUUUACGUCGUCAACAUGUCGCUCAUCGCCUCCAAUACCAAGGGACACACGCGCAAAACGAUGUUCUCGCUUGUCUACUUCCUCGGCUACUGCGUCGGCUGCAUUGCGGGACCCCAGCUCUUCCUCUCGUACGAAGCGCCCCUCUACCGCACCGCCAUGAACACCAUCAUCGGCAUGUACUGCGCCUAUCUCGCCUCGAUGUUCCUCUACCGCGAAAUUUGCCGCCGGGAGAACAGCCGCCGCGACAAACUCGCUGCCGAGGGCGUCGAGGAGGCCAAGCCGCGCCUCGCCACGCACGAGAGCAACGACACGGACAUAGACGAUCUUGCGUUCCGUUUUGUGCUGUAG